AAUGACUAAAUGUAAAUGUAAAUGUAAUAUUACUGCACAAUACUGAACUUUCAGGCUUGGUAAUCAUACUAAUGUGACUCAGAAUUACAGUCAUUAAGUUUAUGGCUAAUGAUAAUCUUUCUUUAUUACCAAUGUAACUAAUCUGUGCACACCUGGAGUAAUUUCCAUCCAUUUGCACUGAUUGCUAUGAUGUACAUUGUUUGAACGGUCCACUGACCACGUGACUCCAGCGUUCAGUCAUUGUCGGCCAAUGGGACUGCGCGUCCCCGCUCAGACCGUGUGGAGAACUUUACCGGGUGCAAAGUCUCAAGUUUCGUUUAACUUGUGCUGGAGAUUCAUGAGCGUCUUUUAUUCCAUCAUCAGUCUAUAGCGGCCGGUGUUUCUGUCUAGAAGUAUGAAUGAAUGUUUCGCUGUGCUGAAUCUUCUAGUGCGUCGCGCAACUGUCAAAUCGUGAGUUACCAAUAGCAACAGCGUUUAUGCGUUUAUUUUCAACAUUAAUAUACUGUUAAUGCCAUAGACACCUUAAACCGUUUUUGUCACGAAAUGUAAAUUAUUAUAAAUACUAAAAUAAUCUAAUUAGUUAUUUUUUGCCGUUAAAGACAAAAAUGUGUUUGGGACAGAAUCGGGUGCGUUUGCUGUGUAUGCUGUCUUUAACGCUUGUGUUUUUCAUUGUUGAAGUUGUGGUAAGCAGGAUAACUGCGUCUCUCGCGAUGUUGUCAGACUCUUUUCACAUGAUGUCGGAUGUAAUAGCUUUGGUAGUGGCUUUAAUCGCGGUGAGUUUUGCGGAGACAGCUCGUGCCACAAGUAAAAACACGUAUGGAUGGAUCCGCGCAGAAGUGAUGGGAGCGUUAGUGAACGCCGUGUUCUUGACGGCCCUCUGCUUCACUAUUGUGUUAGAAGCCGUGGAGCGCUACACGCUGCCUCACGAGAUCGAGAAUCCGCGCGUGGUCAUUUGGGUCGGCGUUGCUGGGCUCCUGGUGAAUGUACUUGGUCUUUUCCUGUUCCACGGACACGCGGGGGUUGGUGGGCACGGACACUCUCAUGGGGGUCACUCUCAGACUGGACACUCUCAUCUUCACAAGACGAAUCGCAGAGAGUAUGAAAAACCGAAGGCACACGAAGAAGCAUACAAUCUCAUGAUAAACAGCAACAGUUCUCAAGGAGACCAAACUUCUGAACUAAAAUCAGACAGCCUAAACAUCAAAAUCACUGCUAAGGGCUCGUUGGAGGACUUGGAUCACAGUUCUGAGUCGGCCUCCCAGAUGAACAUGCGUGGGGUGUUCCUGCACGUGCUCGGUGAUGCGUUAGGCUCUGUCAUUGUGGUAGUCAACGCUUUGAUCUUCACUUUUGUGUGGACACCAUGCCACAGCGACACAGUCUGUUUCAACCCCUGCCGUAGCAGCCACUUGACUGAACACCAACAUGUUAAUACCACAGUCCUGAGCAUAUCCAAAACACCCGACAGGAUGCCCAGAACUGUGUCUGUGGCCGGACCAUGCUGGGUGCUUUACCUGGACCCAACUUUAUGUCUAAUAAUGGUGUGUAUUUUGCUCUACACAACAUUCCCUCUCCUAAAGGAGUCGGCUCUGAUUCUCCUACAAACAGUCCCCAAACAGAUCGAUAUGCACAAGCUGAAUGGGAAGCUAAGGAGCUUGGAUGGAGUUAAGGCCGUUCAUGACCUGCAUAUCUGGCAGCUGGCUGGGUCUCGCAUUAUUGCAACCGCUCACAUCAAAUGCACGGAUCCAGCUUCUUACAUGGACAUUGCCAAACGCAUUAAAGACAUCUUCCACGAUGAAGGCAUCCAUGCUACUACCGUUCAGCCAGAAUUUUCUCCCAUUUCUGAAGGAUCUGGUGACUCUCAGUGUGAGCUUUCCUGUCGAAGUCAAUGCAAACCCAAGCUAUGUUGUAAUCCGACUAAGAGGGCUAAGCCAGAGUCGGAGUUGACUAAGAGUGAAGAAGAGUCCUGCAGGCACACUGUAGGAUGGGCUGAUCGGAAAGAAGUGGAGGAUACUGUACAUACGGAGAUGGAAUCAACGGUUUAGGUCAAGAAGGACAUUAUAUUGCAUGAGUUGCACAUGUCCAGUUGCUCAUAGCUGAUUGUUGCAGGAAAAAUUAGGGCAAUUGUCUGGACUACUUCAAAUCUGCUUAUUGCAGAAGUAUGUCUUUUAGAGAGCUGGGUUUGUUAAACCCAACAACAUUCAUCAGUUCAUGCUGUGUUCUGUAUAUAAUCCUGAUAUAUAAAAAAAUGAAAACAACUUUAUUCAUAUUAUGUUUAUUGGUUCUUAUUGAUAUCUAGAUAGAUAGGUAAUUAUAGGUCACUAUACGUAUAGUACAAAUGACUCUUUCGAAUCUGCUUAUUGCAGAAGUAUGUUUGAGAGAGUUGGGUUUGUUAAACCCAACAACAUUAGAUUUAAUGCUGUGUUCAAUAUGUAAACCUGUUAUAUAAAAACUGAAUGCAAAUUUAUCCAUA